CGGUUGCCGUGACACAAGGCUGGUGAGUAGAAUUUAAGAAAGGGUAAAUGACAUAAUGUUACACACUCUUGUACAGUAGGUGGCGGUAUGCACCUUAAAGUUGGUUGCGAUCCGCCAUUAAACCUGGAGAAGAAGAAGAGCAAACGGUAGCAGCAAUGCAGCGAGAGAAAACAAGCAACGCCGGCGCGGCUGAAAAGCCCGACCGUGAGGCCGCCAUCAUGUCCAAAUACUACGAUGGAGUGGAAUUUCCUUUCUGUGAUGAGUUCUCCAAAUAUGAGAAAAUGGCAAAAAUAGGACAAGGAACCUUCGGGGAGGUGUUCAAAGCCAAGCACAGACAAACUGGGAAGAAGGUCGCACUGAAGAAGGUUCUGAUGGAAAAUGAGAAAGAAGGGUUUCCAAUCACAGCUCUGAGAGAGAUCAAGAUCCUCCAGCUGCUCAAACACGAGAACGUGGUCAAUCUGAUUGAGAUCUGCAGAACCAAAGCUACUCAGUUCAACAGGUACAAAGGCAGCAUCUACCUGGUGUUUGACUUCUGUGAGCACGACCUGGCCGGGCUGCUGAGCAACGCCAACGUGAAGUUCACCCUGGCAGAGAUCAAGAAGGUCAUGCAGAUGCUGCUCAAUGGACUGUACUACAUCCACAGAAACAAGAUCCUCCACAGGGACAUGAAGGCAGCCAACGUGCUGAUCACCAGAGACGGGGUCCUGAAGCUGGCCGACUUUGGUCUGGCUCGGGCCUUCAGCCUGGCUAAGAACAGCCAGGGGAACCGCUACACCAACCGCGUGGUCACCCUGUGGUACAGACCUCCAGAGCUGCUGCUGGGCGAGCGAGACUAUGGCCCCCCCAUCGACCUGUGGGGAGCAGGCUGCAUCAUGGCGGAGAUGUGGACCAGAAGUCCCAUAAUGCAAGGCAACACAGAGCAGCAUCAGCUCACACUCAUCAGCCAGCUGUGCGGCUCCAUCACUGCGGAGGUGUGGCCCGGCGUGGAUAAGAAGUACGAGCUCUACCAGAAGAUGGAGCUUCCUAAAGGCCAGAAGAGGAAAGUGAAGGACCGUCUGAAGGCCUACGUCAAGGACCCGUACGCUCUGGACCUAAUAGACAAGCUGCUGGUGCUGGACCCGGCGCAGCGCAUAGACAGCGACGACGCACUCAACCACGACUUCUUCUGGUCCGACCCCAUGCCCUCGGACCUGAAGAACAUGCUCUCCACCCACAACACCUCCAUGUUCGAGUAUCUGGCCCCACCCAGACGGAGAGGCCACAUGCCGCAGCAGCAGCCCAACCAGAACAGGAACCCUGCCACCACCAGCCAGACGGAGUUCGAUCGGGUGUUCUAGCUUCCAGAGGCUUAAGGAAAGUAGUUCCAGCCUGAAGCUCCACAUUCCUCUCCUGGUCCAGGCUUGGCUGCGGACAGUUUUUGAUUUCUUUUGAUUUUGAAAUCCUGCAAGCCUGUUAUAAUAUUCCUUUUUAGUGCCUUUUCGGGCGGGGGUCCAUGCACUGAUUGCUCCAUUGCCCCGCUGGUGUUUUUAUUUUUACACGUUCUCACAUUUUCACUCCAAAAGCUUCUAUUUUUAUUAAGAAUGAUAAACCUUUGAUCAAACCAUUUAACAAAACCACACACAUUUCUGAACCAGAACAAACCCAGAAUAAAAGUAUUCUGUGAGACGUGUAAGGUUGUUUUUAAUUUUUAAAGGAGCUGGAAUUUCCUCCAUCCUGCUGGUAAUAGCAAUGAAAUCCUAUUUAAGAUUAUUUCACUGACAGUUUACACUUUUACUUUUGAUACUACAAUGUUUUUUUUCUGAAAAUACUUUAACUUUCCUUUAGUUUGAGUCUGAAUUAUGUGGUUGAGAUUCCUAGCUUGACUGUGAACAGCUGACUUGUAUAAAACGUUAAACCCUGUUCAGCAUCUUUGAUGUUUCAAGGCUUUAUUGGUCAUAUGCACAGCAGAUACAACGUAUAUGUUGGCAAUGAAAAUCUUAUGUCGCGUGCUCCUCCAACAACUCAACAUACAUGGUGCAAAUACAUGUUCCCAGACUGUUGUCCACCAUGUUAAUAAAACAUAAGGAUUGUACCUUU